AUGUGCUCAAUUUUCUAUUUUUUCGAUCCAUUAAUAACUUUGUGAGUUUCAAAAAAACAUUCAGAGAAUUAAAUAAUAUUUUUUGAUAGAUGCGGAGCCUUGUUCCCAAUUUAUUGUUAUAUCACAUUAUUCUACGCAAAACAUCCAGGAUUUCUUCGAAAAAUCAAUAAAACUUCGAGAAGUCGUUCAAACACAAUUGCGAUAUCUGAUGAAACUAAUUUUUAUUUCAAACAAUUGACCGAAUCAUGGAAAUAA